UAAACGAUGCACCACCACCGCCGCUCCGUGCUGACGCUGCUGCCGCUGACCAGGUGUUGGACCACAGUGCUAGGACGUCGUUAACGUGACACAGGAUCAAACUUGUAUGCAUGUUUAGUCUCCCGGUCCCGUACACAGACGAUCGAGAAGAUGCUGAGCCGACUGAUGAGCAGCAGCAUCAGGAGUCUGGACAGGGAAUGCAACUGCACUGUGAGGCUGCUGGACGACUCGGAGUACACCUGCACGAUUCAGAGGGAUGCAAAGGGACAAUACCUGUUUGACCUCAUCUGUCACCAUCUGAACCUGCUGGAGAAAGACUACUUUGGCAUCAGAUAUGUCGACCCUGACAAACAGAGGCAUUGGUUGGAGUUUACAAAGUCGAUUUCCAAACAAAUGAAAUCCCAGCCUCCGUUCACCAUGUGUUUGCGAGUCAAGUUUUACCCUCCUGACCCUGCGGCACUGAAAGAGGAAAUCACCAGAUAUCUCGUCUUCCUGCAGGUUAAGAGGGAUCUCUACCAUGGCCGUCUCCUGUGUAAGACAUCCGAUGCUGCUCUGCUGGCUGCCUACAUAUUACAAGCUGAAAUUGGUGACUACGACCCUGGGAAACACCCAGAAGGCUACAGCUCCAAGUUCCAGUUCUUCCCUAAACACUCAGAGAAGCUGGAGCGAAGGAUUGCUGAGAUCCACAAGACUGAGCUGAUAGGUCAAACUCCGGAAACGUCAGAGCUCAACUUCCUCCAGAAGGCUCAGAUGUUAGAAACAUAUGGAGUGGACCCUCAUCCGUGCAAGGAUGUGUCUGGUAACCCAGCUUUUCUGGCGUUUACCCCUUUUGGAUUCACUGUGCUGCAGGGAAACAGGAGGAUCCAUUUUCUUAAAUGGGAUGAAGUGACCAAACUCAAGUUUGAAGCAAAGACAUUCCAUAUAUAUGCAAAUCAGAAGGAGUUUGAUCAGAGUACUGAGGUGGACUUGUUACAGGAUAGGAAGAUCAUACUGACAUACUUUGCACCAACACCCGAGGCCUGUAAGCAUCUGUGGAAGUGUGGGGUGGAGAAUCAGGCCUUUUACAAGUUGGAAAAGUCCAGUCAAGUCCGCACUGUGUCCAGUAGUAAUCUCUUCUUUAAGGGUAGUCGUUUCAGAUACAGUGGAAAGGUUGCAAAAGAAGUAAUGGAGCAAAGUGCCAAAAUCAAGCGAGACCCCCCUGAGAUACACAGGGCUGGCAUGGUGCCAAGUAGGAGUUGUCCGUCUAUCACACACGGCCCUCGUUUGACCAGUGUGCCCCGGACCAGACGGAGAGCUGUGCAUAUAUCCAUCAUGGAGGGUCUUGAGUCCCUUCGAGACAGCGCCCACUCCACACCUGUCCGCUCGGUCUCCCAUGGCGACUCCUUCAUGUCUUCUCGAGGCCAGCUGGUGGACGGCAGUGAGGCGAGCACAUCUGCAGUCAUCUCAGACGAGGCCUACAGCCCCUCAGACAGCGUGCUGCCUACACCUGUAGCUGAACACGGGAUGGAGAUGCCUUCUGCACGUCACCUGAAUGGUGCCCCCUGUAGUAUAGAUGAGGAGAAGGCGUCUGAGGCGGGGACGUCAAAGGAGGGGCAAGGUACGGACUUCAACUCAGGCAGGAGAGCCCUACGUAUGGGGAGGGGUAAGGCGUCUUCAUCGAACGACGUGGAAGAGCUGAACAAGUUCAUCCUGAGCGUGUUACGUCUGUUCCUGGUCACCAUCGGGCUUCUGUUCGCCCUGCUGCUGCUCCUUAUCAUGCUUACAGAGUCAGACCUGGACAUUGCCUUCCUGAGAGACAUCCGCAAGACGCCUGAAUUCCAGCAGUUCCACUUUGAAUACUUCUGCCCUCUGCGGCGCUGGUUUGCCUGUAAGCUGAGGUGGAUGGGAGGUUUCCUCAUCAGUAAGUGAGGCAGAGAUUCAGAAACUGAGAGACACAAAACAAGCCUCCCCUGAUAGAGAGGAGACACUUUAAACAAAUGAGGGGAAAAACAUAAAGGAUGGCAACCUUUGUCCUGAUAUUGAAUCAGCUUCUCCCAGGAUGGAUAUCCUGUCACAAGCCACGGACUGUCCCCGAUAAACCUUGUGUAAUAUGUUUCACCAUUACAGCGAGGAAAGAUAUCACAUUUUUCUUUGGAAAUUCAGGUCAUUUCAAGGCAUUUUAUUUUUACACAAAAACCACAAUUGCAGGGUUUAUUUCUGAAAGGGAAAAGAAAGUCUGACAGACUUCACUUAUUUAACCACAGAUGAUAGUUGCCUUUAUUUUUGUAUUAAUUUAUAUGUUGCAAAGGCAGAAGGACCUGAUGUGUCGGGGUGUGUGUUGUUGUGUGACCUGAGAGUCUGAGUAAAGUUUUGAGAGCAAGA